GGAUACACGGAUGCUCUCGAAACUUUUAGAUGGCAAAAGGGUUGCAGCUAUUUGUCAACAGAUUAUCGUUUUACACUACGAAUGAACAGUUGAAGAAGCUCUUUUCGCCUUUUGGCGCUGUUACUGAAGCAAGGCUUGUUAAAGAUCCAAGAACACAAAGGCCUAAAGGUUUUGGAUUUGUUACCUUUGAGAAAGAAGCAGAAGCUCAAAAUGCAUUGAAUUCCAUGAACGGAAGGAUUGUUGACGGAAGACUGAUUUUUGUGGAAGUUGCUGAGACUACAGAACCUGCAGAAAACAAGACAUCCCGAAAAUAAGUUUCUAGUAAUACAGCGUACACAUUGCUAUUUCAUAU